AUGGUUCCGCGCCUUCCCUACGUGCUCGCUUCCGCGCCUUCCCUACGUGCUCGCUUCCGCGCCUUCCCUACGUGCUCGCUUCCGCGCCUUCCCUACGUGCUCGCUUCCGCGCCUUCCCUACGUGCUCGCUUCCGCGCCUUCCCUACGUGCUCGCUUCCGCGCCUUCCCUACGUGCUCGCUUCCGCGCCUUCACUACGUGCUCGCUUCCGCGCCUUCCCUACGUGCUCGCUUCCGCGCCUUCCCUACGUGCUCGCUUCCCCGCCUUCCCUACGUGCUCGCUUCCGCACCUUCCCUACGUGCUCGCUUCCCCGCCUUCCCUACGUGCUCGCUUCCGCGCCUUCCCUACGUGCUCGCUUCCGUGCCUUCCCUACGUGCUCGCUUCUCCGCCUUCCCUACGUGCUCGCUUCCGCGCCUUCCCCACGUGCUCGCUUCCCCGCCUUCCCUACGUGCUCGCUUCCCCGCCUUCCCUACGUGCUCGCUUCCCCGCCUUCCCUACGUGCUCGCUUCCCCGCCUUCCCUACGUGCUCGCUUCCAUGCCUUCCCCACGUGCUCGCUUCCCCGCCUUCCCUACGUGCUUGCUUCCGCACCUUCCCUACGUGCUCGCUUCCCCGCCUUCCCUACGUGCUCGCUUCCGCGCCUUCCCUACGUGCUCGCUUCCGCGCCUUCCCUACGUGCUGGCUUCCCCGCCUUCCCUAUGUGCUCGCUUCCGCGCCUUCCCUACGUGCUCGCUUCCCCGCCUUCCCUACGUGCUCGCUUCUGCGCCUUCCUGCGCUCUGCCAUCCGCUCCUUCCCUGCUCGCUGCCUUACGCUCUCUCCCCUCCCUGCCCUUCCACUGUCUACCACUCGCUGCCCUUCCUCUCUCUCCCCCUCGUUGCCCUGCCUCUCUCUCCCCCUCGUUGCCCUCCCGCUCUUUCCCUCUCGUUACCCUGCCUCUCUCUCCCCAUCGUUGCCCUCCCGCUCUCUCCCCCUCGUUGCCCUUCCGCUCUCUUCCCCUCGUUGCCCUUCCUCUCUCUCCCCCUCGUUGCCCUUCCGCUCUCUCCCCCUCGUUGUCCUUCCUCUCUCUCCCCCUCGUUGCCCUUCCGCUCUCUCCCCCUCGUUGCCAUUCCUCUCUCUCCCCCUAGUUGCCCUUCCUCUCUCUCCCCCUCGUUGCCCUUCCGCUCUCUCAUGCUACGCUGCCCUUCUGCUCCUUCCCUGCUCCCUGCCCACGCUCCCUCCUCCCCCCCUGUUUUAGGCCUCCUCCUCCCUGCUUUACCCUCUCUCCUCCCUCCCUGCUUUUUGCUCUCUCCUCCCUCCCUGCUUUACGCUCUCUCUCCCCUCUCUGCCCUUCCGGGUUCUCCCUGCGCUCUGCCUUCCGCUCUCUCCCUGCUUCCUGCUCUUCCGCUUUCACCCCCCUCUCUGCCCUUCAGCUCUCUUCCUACUCGCUGCUUUCCGCCCUCUUCCCCCCCGUUUUCCUUCCGCCCCAUCCCCACUUGCUUCCCUUCCGCUCUCUCCCACCCCGCUGCUUUUCCUCUCUCCACCAUCGCUUCCCUUCCGCUCUCUCCCUGCAUUCUUCCUCCACUAUCGAUAUACUUCCUGCCUUAA